CCGGCAGUACCAUGGCGGCCUACAUGACAUCGUCUGCUCUGGCCAAAACAAUCCUGCAGAACGAGAGAUUCGCGCAUUCCCUACUCAGACACAACAUCCAGAGGAACAUCCAGCAGAGGAGGAAAACCAGAGCAACAUUUCCUGCGAGUCUGCCGGCGCUGUCGUGCCUUCAUCCCUCGCAAAGGGACGUCCCGAGUUUACCUUGGCGAGAAUACCAUUCCUGGGGAGAACCGCGGAAUUUCCCGUCGAAAGCUCUCUUCGGCCGCUCCUUUCCGAGUCCUCUUCGCCUCGGCUACCGAUUCCUCAGCCCCGAGGCUCGAGAGGGAGUCGGCCUUGGGAGGAAUGCGCCUAUUAAGCACCCAUGCCAAGUGAGGUGCUUGCAGACGGGCGACGCGAGCAGAGAGGCCGGGGAGGCAAGGGAGCAAAGUCCGCCAGUAGCAACAUGGGAGGCUGUAAGGGAGAAGAAGAACCAGUUCAAAGAAGCUGGCCAGGACCUGUUAGAUGACAUCAAAGAGAAGAAAGCAAAAGUCAGGGAAAGGAUGGAUGCUAUUAUUGAGCGUGAAAACAUAUGGACCAUCCCAAACCUCCUGUGUGUCAGCCGCAUUGCCUUUUCGCCGUACUUGUGUCACUUAGUCCUCUCGGCCGAUUACAACUGGGCUCUUGGACUGUUCAUGUUUGCAGGGUUUACGGAUUUGCUGGACGGAUGGAUUGCCCGUACCUUCCCAAGCCAGGCCUCGCGUCUCGGGAGCUUCCUAGACCCCCUCGCGGACAAGGUCUUGGUCGCCAUGCUCUUCCUCUCCCUUACUUAUGUCGGUCUUAUUCCACUGCCAUUGACUGGACUGAUUAUCUACCGUGAUGUCCUCAUUAUUGGUGGUGCUUCCUAUGUGCGGUACAAAAGCCUGCCACCUCCGAAAACCAUCUCUCGUUACUUUGAUGCAACCCAUGCCACGGCCCAGCUGGCUCCAACGACCAUAAGCAAAGUUAACACUGCCAUUCAGCUGGGUCUUAUUACUGCCUCCCUUGCUGCUCCAGUCUUCUCCUUCACAGACCACUACCUUCUGACUGCCCUCUGUUGGGUGACUGCAGGAACCACCCUAAGUUCAGGCAUUAGUUACAUCUUCUCAAGGAAUACGUACAAGAUCCUAGAAAAAAUGAAAGAAGACUCCAAACAGUGAAUAAACUAUGGCAACUUUUAUUCUGUUCAUUGUGAACUGAUGUACUCAGUACCGUGUACAUUGCUUGCUGGUUAUAUUAAUUGAGUGUAGGUUAUUCCAACUCAUAUUUUUCUCUGAGUAAUUUGCAAUAUAGUCAUCUGUUUAUUGUUGUAUUCAGUAUUGUGUUCCCAAGUACUUUUGAGGAUUACUGAUUGAUAAUAAUUUUGCAAAUGUUUCAUUACAUGCAUUUUUUUUCCUUCUCUGUAUUUUUUUCUUCUUCAUUCUUUCUCUUUUCGUAUUGACAUGAAUAUGAAUGUAGUCUUGCAUUAUUGUAGCCUGUUUACAUUUAGUUGUCAAGGCUUUGUCAAAAAUUGAGGAGUAUACAAUGUCUUUGAUGAUUUGACCAUUUUAUAUUGGCAUUUGCAUCAUUUAUUUGUAUAUUUAUGUGUCAGAUAAGGUUGAAAGGUCUAUAUUU